GUAGAAUUCAAAAUGGGCACAGGAAAGAAGGAAGCCGCUCGUAGAGAGCGUCAAGGGAAGGUUGGAGAUGGCAUGGGGAACGUGAGAACAAAGGGUGAAAACUUUUACAGAGAUGCGAAGAAAGUCAAGCAUCUGAAUAUGUUCAAGGAUGGCAAGGCUCAACGCAACGCAUCUGGAAAGAUCACCAAGGCUGCGUCCUACCAGUCUCGAGAUAUUCCUAAUGCUCGGAUUGAACCCAACCGGAAAUGGUUCGGGAACACCAGAGUCAUCUCGCAGGAGGCUCUGUCUUCCUUUCGCGAGGCGGUCGCUGAACGUGCCAAGGAUCCGUACCAAGUUUUGCUGAAAACAAACAAGCUUCCCAUGAGCCUGAUCAGAGACGGUCCUGGCGUGAAUGGCUUGAAACAGCAUGAGGCAAAGAUUGCCGUCGAGACUGCUCCGUUCAGCGACACCUUUGGGCCGAAGGCGCAGAGAAAGCGUGUCAAGCUGGGUGUCUCCAACCUAGAGGAUCUCGCUGGAGAAUCGGUUAAGAUGCACGAUUCCUACAUCGAGAAGAACGACCACACAACACAUGAUGACGGCACUCUCGUUGUCAAUGGUGAUGACGUUGCUCAGGAAGACAAUACCACUCUCACCACUGCCCGAGAGUCUAUUUUCUCCAAGGGACAGAGCAAGCGUAUCUGGAACGAACUUUACAAGGUCAUUGACUCUUCGGAUGUUGUGAUCCAUGUUCUGGAUGCCCGCGAUCCCGACGGUACUCGGUGCAGGGGUAUUGAAAAGUACAUUCGCGAAGAAGCACCUCACAAGCACUUGAUCUUUGUCCUCAACAAAUGUGAUCUCGUACCAACGAGUGUGGCUGCUUCUUGGGUACGACAUCUAUCCAAAGAUCACCCUACUCUCGCAUUCCACGCUUCCAUCAACAACUCGUUCGGCAAAGGUUCUCUUAUUGCUCUGCUCCGCCAAUUCUCGAUCCUGCACUCUGAUCGGAAGCAAAUUUCAGUGGGUUUCAUUGGCUACCCCAACACUGGAAAAUCAUCCAUUAUCAACACUCUUCGAAAGAAGAAGGUUUGCAAUGUUGCUCCUAUUCCUGGUGAGACCAAGGUUUGGCAGUAUAUUACUCUGAUGAAGAGAAUCUAUCUCAUCGAUUGUCCUGGUGUCGUCCCGCCCAACCCCAAUGACACUGAACAAGAUAUCUUGCUUCGUGGUGUCGUUCGCAUUGAGAACGUGCACAACCCGGAGCAGUACAUUCCCGCUAUCCUUAACAAGGUUCAGCCGAAGCAUCUGGAGCGUACCUAUGAGAUCAAGGCCACUGAUCCUAUUGACUUCUUGAGUAUCCUUGCUCGGAAGGGAGGCAGAUUGCUUCGCGGCGGAGAGCCUGAUCUGGACGGUGUUGCCAAAAUGGUCAUCAACGACUUCCUGCGAGGCAAGAUUCCUUGGUUCACCCCUCCCCCUAAGAGUGGUGAAACUACCGAAGACGAGAAGAUUGAAGGGCGCGAAGGCAGGCUGGGCGAGAUGAGUCGCAAGCGCAAGCUCGAUGAACUGGUCCCGGAAUCUGCUACUGCAGCCGACGAUUCCUCAGAUAGUCGCGAAGGAUCUGAUUUCGAAGGCUUUGAGGAAUCAGAUGAUGAUGACAACGAUUCCAUUGCCCAAAUCGAAGUCUCCGAUGAUGAGAGUGGUGAAGAGAACGACUGAAAAAAGUCGACUGUCCCUCUCCACACUAUUAGUACUUGGAAACACCAAGUCCCGUCCGCAGAAAAUUAGCGGUCAAUCCACAAGCGGUGACAAGAAUCGUUGCUCGUCAGCCAAAGACGUGUUGGCUGCCCGAACUCACCCGCUGCAGUUGACCCACUGCCAUUAACAGCAACGGUACCCCUGCUACCGUUAACGCGGUCAAGCUCGACAAGAGCCCUGAACCUGCGACUUACCAGGGCACACAGUCCAGUCCAGUCUCCCCACGACAUUUCGUUGGGCGUACACGUACGACACGGUCCGUUUAGAUGGGUGGAAUUGAUGGAAUUGAUGCCCUGUCCCUAGCUAGACAUACACAUGAACUGUGUCUUAGUAAUAAGACAGCUAGUAAGUUGAGUAACGUGUUCAAUUGUACAAUGCGACUGUAAUAAAAUGCCUUCUU